CGGCGCCCACACAGCGGUUAGUGUCGGCAGGACAACCCAGCCGGCCCUCCUUAUCUCUGAGGCUCGCUGAAGCGUUGAUGGAAGCGCUCCCUGACAGAACAAAGCCCAGGGGCCGCCAGGCUGCUGUCAGCACCGCCGAGAGCGCGCGUCCGUCCAGAAAGGGAAGCGAGCACCGUGGCGGGAGGAGGGGAGGGACGAAGGGCGGGCAGCAACUUCGGCGCAGGUGACACCAAGUUCAGCUUCUGCAGCCCUUGCGUGUGCUUCGGUGUCGCCGCUGACGUUUUGCUCCUUCCCGCCUCCUUCAAAAACAACGCGAAAACCCGAGGCGCAGGGGAGGUUAAAACUUGCCGCCAGGGAUAGGCAAUCCCCGCAGUGGCCUGAGGAGAGGCGGCCGGAGAGCGCGCGCGCGCGAAGGAGCUCCUGGGGGCAAAAAGGAGAGGAAGGAAAAGCAGCCCUAAAAUGCACCUGAAAGACAAAGUGGCUCUGGUAACUGGGGCAGCGCAGGGCAUAGGCAAAGCCUUCGUCCAAGUAUUGCUGGGAAAGGGCUGCAAGGUAGCUCUUGUGGAUCUAAAUGUGGAAGUAGGUAAGGCAAGCAAAGAUGACUUUGACAAGCAGUUUGAUGAAGAGAUGACCAUCUUCAUUCCUUGUGAUGUUUCAAAUGAAGAAAAACUUAAAGAUGCAUUUGAGAAGACAAUUCAACAUUUUGGAAAGCUGGAUAUUUUAAUUAACAAUGCUGGUGUGAAUAAUGAAAAAAACUGGGAAAUUACAGUACAAAUUAAUUUGAUUUCAGUGAUUAGAGGAACAUAUCUUGGCCUAGAUUACAUGAAAACCGAAAAUGGAGGCACUGGAGGGGCUAUUGUUAACAUAUCAUCAUUAGCAGGACUUAUGCCUGCUGCACACCAACCAGUGUACUCUGCUUCAAAGCAUGGGGUAAUUGGAUUUACACGUUCAAUAGCUAUGGCUGCUACAGCAGGAAACUAUGGUGUACGAAUAAAUACGAUCUGUCCUGGUUUUGUUAACACACCAAUUCUUCAAUCAAUUGACAAGGAAGAAAAUAUGGGUCAAUAUUCAGCAUACAAAGACAAGAUCAAAGAUAUGAUGAAAUUCUAUGGUAUAUUGGACCCACCACUAAUUGCCGAAGGACUGUUAAAAAUCCUUGAAGAUGAAACGCUAAAUGGAGAAGUGAUGAAGAUUACAACAAAAGAAGGGAUACAUUUUCACAGUUACAUUCCACUACCAUUUCAGGCAAACAAAUAAUACAUCCUAUUACAAGACUCUUUUGAGACAAAAUAUUAUUUUAAUCCUUAAAACUACAAUGGUAUGAGUUGUUAAGCAAUAAGAAAAUAUUUGUUAAUAUGAACAGUUCACCUGAGUUCUAAAUGUUUCUGUUAAUAUCCCUUAUGUGAAGGACUAGUUAUAUUGAAAACAUGAUUUUUAUAUUAGAAAAUUAAUAUUAUUCUUGAUUAUUUUUAUACGAGAUAGCAUUUCAAUUACUGUAAAAAAUUGAGUACUACCUAAUUUUAUUUGUGACAAAAUAUAUCGAAACUAAGUUAUAAAUGUUUUAAUAAAUUAGUUGUCAAAUAUGCUUGUAGAUUUGAGGAUGUGAACAAAAGCACCAUACAUUUCUGGCAUUCACAGGUUAAUCCCAAAUAUUGACAGGUGUUAUUGCACAUUCCCAGGCUCUGGAUCGCAUUUUCUGAGGCAGUAAUUGCUUAAUUAGAGAAUCGACUACGAAUGAGCUCAGACGUUUAUUAAUCAUACUAUAUGCAACAAUAAUAGUAUUAGCUUCAUGAGAAAAUGGAAUUUAAAAACAUUGUCCUUGGCUAUGGGCCAUUUCAUUUCAUUUAUUAUGUUUCUAUACUUCCCAAUAGCUGAAGCAGUCUGGGAGGAUUGCAAAGACUAAAACAAUACAUUAAACAAAGUAUAAAACCAUUUACAUACUAACAUAUAGACGGAUAGCACAAACACAAAUAUAUCUAAAACAAAUUUAAACAAACUACAGUAAUAAAAGUCUAAGACCAGAUUAAAACGUCAUCAUAUGCUGCCAAUUGUCUGAGAGAAGAGAAAGAUGUUAACCUAGCCGUGAAAAGGUAACAAUUCUGGUGCUGGGUGGAACUCAUCAGGGAGACCGUUCUAUAACUGGGGAGGCCCUCUCCCUUAUUACUGCCUUCCGAACCUGCCUUGGAGGAGGGUCUUAGAUGCUGAGAGCACUGUACAGGUAGGUUCAUGUUGGGAGAGGUGUUCCAUCAAGUAUUAUGGUCCUGAACCGUAUAAUACUUAAUAGGUUAAAACCAGCACCUUGAAUUGCACUCAGAAUUAUUCAGGCAGCCAGUGCAAGUGCGCCAUAAUUAGUGUUAUUCAGGCCCUCUUGUUCUUGCUAACCAUCAAGCCACCACAUUUUGCACAAGCUGCAGUUUCUAUACCAUCUUCAAAGGCAGCCCCAUGUAGAGCACAUUGCAGUAAUUAACUUGGGAGUUACCAGAGGACAGGCAACUGAAGCCAAGUUAUUCCUGCCCGGAUUGGGGUGUAGUUCGGCCAGAGUUGGUAGAAGACAUUCCAUGCCACUGAGGUGACCUGAGCCUCAAAUGACAAAGAUGACUCCAGGAAAACUCCAAGCUAUGAACCUGCUCCUUCAGAGAGAGUGCAACCCCACCCAGAACAGAUUGAGCACCCCACCCCACCCCAUCCAGUCAGAAGAACCACCCAGCAACAGCAUCUCAAUCUGGUCUGGACUGAAUUUCAGUUUAUUAGCUCUCAUCCAAUCCAUUAUUGCAGCCAGGCACUGAUCUAGCACAUACACAGCCUCACCUUAUGAAGAUGAACAAGAUAAAUGCAGCUGUGUGUCAUCAGCAUACUGAUGACUUUGCUUUCCAAAACUGGACUGCGCUCAUCGGUUUCAUGUAAAUAUUGCAGAGCAUGAUGGACAAAACCAACCCCUGCAGAACCCCACACUGAAGUGUCCACAGGGCUGAGCAAUGUACCACAAGCACCACCGUCCAGCGCUGACCCUCCAAGUAAAAGCGAAACCAUUACAAUGCAGUCCCACUCCCACUCCCACUUCAAAGAAUCAACCUAGAAGAAUACCAUGGUUGAUGGUAUCAAAAGCUGUCGAGAGAUCAAGAAGAAUCAAAUGCCUCCUGAAAACACACUUGUUCACCCAGGCUUUCCCUGGGCUGUAAUUAAAUUAAUUAUGCUGCUCCCUCUUAUUGCUCCUUGUAUUGUUUUUGUUAUAAUUAGAAUUGUUUUUAAUGUUAUGUAUUUAAUAUUGUAUUUUAAAUGUGAUUUCAAUAUUUAUAUGUGAACCGCUUAGAGAUUUUAUUAUAUUUAGCAGUAUAUAAAUA